AUGUCUUCUGCUUUCGUUCAGCGCCCGGCUCCGGCCUUCAAGGCAACUACCGUUUUCCCUGGCGGCGAGGUCGUCCUCCUAUUCUACCCACUCGACUUCACCUUUGUCUGCCCGACCGAGAUUAUCCAGUACAAUGAUGCCCUGCCCCGCUUUAAGGAGAUUAACACCACCGUCCUCGGUGUUUCGACCGACUCUCACUUCUCCCACCUAGCAUGGACUGAACGACCGCGCAAGCAAGGUGGACUCGGCUCUGACUUGCAGCUUCCUCUUGUUGCCGACAAGUCUCACAAGAUCUCACGCGACUACGGUGUCUUGAUUGAGGGUGAGGGUGUUGCCCUUCGUGGUCUUUUCAUCAUCGACCCCAAGGGUGUCCUCCGACAGAUCACCGUCAACGAUCUACCCGUCGGUCGCAACGUCGAAGAGACCAUCCGUCUUGUCCAAGCCUUCCAAUUCACUGAUGAGCAUGGCGAGGUUUGCCCUGCUGGUUGGCAAAACGGUUCCAAGGGAAUGAAGGCGGACCCCAAGGGAAGCCUCGAGUACUUCUCUACCCAAGGAGAUGCGGUCAAGAAUGGUCAUGCUAACGGAAAUGGCGAGUCUAAGAAGCGAGCCAGAGUGGACUAG